AUGCGGGCUCCGAAGAAACCUCUGAACGAUGAGCAAUACUUGGCGAAAUACAAGAAGCCCCGCAAGUGCUUGCACUGCACGAAUUCGAAACGGCUUUGUACUGGCGGGAGACCCUGCGAUGGAUGUGAGAAGAACGGACGGGUGUGUAUCAAUGUCAUGACCAGGCUUCCAUUCGCCACACCAGGCACUUCCCAAGCGGAAGAGAACCAAGUUGCGGCGCACAACAAUGGAGCGCAAGUAGGUUUCGACGAAACCAACAAAACCAGCGAAGAUGACAGACCGGUAGAAGAUCCUCUUAGACAGGAGGACGGUCAAGAGCCUGGAGGCUACUCGGAGGAGGAUCUUGCCGCUAUGCUUGGACAUGAUAUACCACAGUUCCAUCACUAUCCCCCCCUUCUCGAACCGGCUCCAGCAUACUUGCAGCCCACUCAUUCGAGAGCCGAAGACGAGAUGCGCCAUAUUCGAGCUCGUGACAGAGGCGGUCUCAUUCUUCAGCCACAAUUCCCACGAGCUACCCCACAGAGAGUGAAUAUCUCCGAAGCUAUCGAGCUCCCUGAGGGCUGGAAUUGGUAUCCACAAGACACUUUCCGGUACGUUCAUGGGCCUGGUCUCUACAACUCUGCCAACGACUUCGACGGACUCGGGAGAGCCCCGGUCUACAUGUGA